AUGACCACUAUCCAAACCCCACCCACAUCAACACUUACACCAACGUCAACUAAAUCCCCUCUCCACCCCCAAGACACAGCUCUCAAAAAACAAGCCCACCGCAUAACCUCCCACCCAACCCUAAGCCCCCACCGCCGCCGCGUCUACCUCGCCCUCCUCUCCAUCCCCCGCGGCCGCUGGACCACCUACUCCGCGCUCGCCAAACAUCUCCACUCCAGCGCGCGAGCCAUCGGCACCGCAAUGCGGACGAACCCCUUCGCACCAGACGUCCCCUGCCACCGCGUCCUCGCCGCCGACGGCAGCUUAGGCGGGUACAUGGGCGCCGGGCCCGCAAGUGGGAGCGCGAAUCUCGCUCGGAAGCGAACGAUGCUGGAAGACGAAGGGGUAGAGUUCGAGUGGGUGGACCGGGGGACGAAAAGUGGGUGGAGGGCUCGGGGGGAGUGUUUUAUCAAGUUUCCCUGA